AGUUAGGGCCCUGGAUAGCUGGAGAGGUUCGAGAAUAGCAUCGAUAGGUCGUCCAGUUGCCUGAGCCUCCUCCUGCUCCCGAGCCCGGUACCUGUCCCUCACAGCUUGUCCUCCCCUCCCGCGAUGGGUAUCGCAUCGAGCCCCGUCCGCCGCGGCGCGGUCGAUCGUGGAUGGGGUGUCCGUGGCCCGUGGAUGGGAUGCCGGGGUUAGUGCCCAGUGCCCGCGCCUAUGCUCACUACCCAGCUGAUUGUCAGCGCCCCUCCGAUCCCGAGCGCAAUAACGCGCCUGAUUCGCCCGGGUAUGCGCCCACUCCUGACGGUGGCGUGGCAGUCCAGCUCUGGAUCUCUGUCGCGGGACUCAAUGAGCGCAGUAUUGUCACCCACUACCCGCCUUACAUUUUCUAUGGACCUUACGUCCCGAUGGAUAAUACGCUCCGAUGGAUAAUACGCCCCCUCAGACUCGCCUCAGGCCCCAACUGGAUAUCCGCGUCCCAAGGUAUGGACUCAGCGUCCGGGCGUUAUGGACUCAGAGUAACAGCUGAUGCGCGUCCGAGAUGUAUGAAGUGUUCAGACCAGAAGGCCUUCCCAGAAUUUUCGUGGGAGCAGGCGCGAAGGUGCAGCGGGGCAACAGAUGCGAAGGAGCGAUAGAGGCAGGCUGAAUGGCGGUUUGGGCGGCGGCAGGAUGAGAUACUAGGCGGCAAGUCGGAUGCGAGGAGAGAGAUCAUCUUACCGACAGCGCAGAAUCAUAUUCUUGCCAACGCAGAAUCAUGUUCGCGCCAACAGAGCAGAUGGAGUGCUGGUACUGCGCACGCAGGAUCACGCGUCCCGCCACGAUCGAGAAGGAGUGGCUGUCAGGACUC